ACUAUUCCCUCAAUUCCUACUUCUAAUCGCAGAUCUCCAAAGUUCAGGCACUGCAACUUCUUGUUUUCGCUUCUCAGACAUGGUAUCCUAUGGCUUGUGUCCUACAAUAAAAAAUAUUCUUCUUUUAGAUUCUGAAGGGAAGCGUGUGGCAGUCAAGUAUUACUCAGAUGACUGGCCUACAAACAAUGCAAAGUUAGCUUUUGAGAAGUUUGUAUUCACUAAGACUGUAAAGACAAAUGCUCGGACAGAAGCUGAGGUAACACUGCUUGAGAACAAUAUCAUUAUUUACAAAUUUGUACAAGACCUGCAUUUCUUUGUCACUGGUGGUGAUGAUGAAAAUGAGCUCAUUUUAGCAUCAGUUCUUCAAGGUUUCUUUGAUGCAGUCACGCUUCUGUUGAGGAACAAUGUUGACAAAAGAGAGGCACUUGAGAACUUGGAUCUCAUUCUUUUAUGUGUUGAUGAGAUUGUUGAUGGAGGGAUUAUACUUGAAACAAAUGGACCUGUUAUUGCUGAAAAAGUGACCUCCCAUAACUUGGAUGCUGAUGCCCCCUUGUCAGAGCAGACACUAACUCAAGCAUGGGCUACAGCGAGAGAGCAUCUGACAAGAACCCUUUUACAAUGAUGAUUGCAUGCACUGAAAUGAGCUAGUUAUAUUUGAGUAUUUAAUUUUUGUCCUUUAAUGAGAGUUGUUUUGUCCCCUAAUUUGUUGGGUUACUGAGUUAUGAGCACCAUACCAUUUUGCUGACAAUGGUCUUCCUCCUGUAUCUGCUCAUAUUUGACAAAAGGCAAGCCAGAUAUUGUGAUAUUCAAGUUACGGUUAAGAUGUG